AUGAGCAACACACCUCUCCAAGACCCUCCAGCCGAGGAGAUGUCCUCUAGCAGUGGGCAGAUGUUGCCCUCUCGGCCUGUGCAAUCCGUUUCGGAGCCCUCAGCUUCUAAACGAGUAUGCUUCUACAAAAGCGGUGACUAUCAGUUCAGUGGGCAUCGGAUGACAGUCACUGCCCGCACCUUUAAGACAUUCGAUGCUCUCCUGGAUGCUCUUUCCAAAAAAGUGCCUCUGCCGUUUGGAGUACGAACCAUAACCACACCUCGAGGAACUCACUUUGUUAAAGCUUUGGAAGAUUUACAGGAUGGGGGAGCUUAUGUGUGUUCGGAUCAGAAACGGGUGAAGCCAUUAAACCUGGAAGAGGUGAACCGCAGGCAGGUGCCUUGGAAUGCGACAAAGCCUCUCAAUGCAAGACGGCGUAAGAGGCAGGAGUUCAAGUUCCAUCAGUUUGGCAGAGGAACUGAUACAAGGAACAGGCCAGCAAAGGUCACUGAGAAAGUGGCAGUGCGGACGCCCAAGAAGCUCACAGUUAUCAAAAACAGGGACCCUACAGUUAGACGAACCAUUGUGUUGCAGAGAAAAACAGCCCCAACUUUUGAUGCUUUGCUGGAUUACCUCUCCCAGAUACUCCAGUUUCCAGUGCUGAAACUCUACUCUACAGAUGGCAGACGGGUUGAUGGUCUUGCUGCACUUAUCUUAUGCUCUGGAAUCAUUGUGGCAGCUGGUAACGAGUCUUUCAGAUUAGGAAACCAGCGUUUUUACAGAGCAGGCCAGACGGCACAGAUUAUGUAUGUGGAACACGUGGAACCAUCAACAUUAAACCCCAGAAUGCAGAAAGAUAAAUCUUUAUCCAGUGGAAGAGGCUCAAGAAACUUCUCCGUGUCAUCAGAACGAUUCAUUGUCAACCAGAUAAACAAGUCCCAGAAAAGCAGCUUGAACGACUACCUGCACCAUCCCAGUGGACUAUCUGAAACAGAAGCCCAUCAGGAGCAUGCAGCCAUGGAGACAUGCGAACCUGAGAGGGAAGAUAAUGAGCAUAUUAGCUACGUCGUCCCUCAUGAUGACGACAUUGAAAAGUCAUUCCGCAUAAACCAAGACGGCAGUAUGACAGUAGAGAUGAAAGUUCAUCUGACGAUCAAGGAAGAGGAGAUGCUUCACUGGACAACCACACUCAGCCGCUCCGGCCUUAACAAGAAGACAGUUUGUGCCUCCCUCUCUGGGUCAGACAACAGCUCACCCGACUCAAACAAUGCUGUUGCCAAAGGCUCCCCAGGUAUUGAAGAGGAUGAAAGAAAAGAGGAAAACUACCAUGACGGAGCUGCAAGGGGCGUUGCCUUUAAUGAAGAGCACAUCUAUAAAGGUUAUAGUUCCACAACUUUGGGUAGAGCAAAAACACGAUUUAAGCGGACUCCUACACCAGGCCCACAACAGGUGAAUGAGAGGGCUUCAGUAGAGAACGUAAAAAUGGUUACAGAGACAGGAUUUCAACAGAGCACCCUGGGACAUUAUUCAUAUAUGGAGAGAACUGCUGAUGGCGAGACUACCGAGGGCUAUUGCAUUGUCAGACACAGCAACAGCAAUAAGCCGGUUCCUAAAUCUCGUAGGACGACGUCAUCAGAAGCGAGCAGCAAACACUCCUCUCUCAAGUCAUCAGGGGUCGCUGAGGUCCUUCAGAUACAGAAUGAUGGAAUGGAGGUCACGGAGACUGUGAUGCAUAUUUAUGAGAGUCAAGGUUGCUACGACAACUAUGUUGCAAAUGAGGAGCUUAGCGCAGAUGGCACUUCUUUGCAUGGCUCCCCUCCAGUUGCAGAAAGCAAACUGUCCACUUCCUCUGGGCCUCAAUCAUCUAGUAAUGAUUGUGAUAUAGAUUGUAACUGGCAGCCGCCCACCGUCAACUCACUACAGAGGCAGAAAGAGGAGAUGCUAUCACUUUCAUCAGAGGCAGGAUCUCUAACACAUCAGGCUGCAAAUAAUCUGUCCUCGGUAACUGAGAAUGAGGCUGCCGGCUUACAAAAGGUGGAAACGGUAAAUAAACGUAAUGCUGCCAAAAGUACUAAGAAGAAAAAGAUUGCUAGGCCACUUUUCAAUGAGAAGAGUUCAGUUUCAACAAACGGUUCAGAUAAAAAACAUCAAGAAAGCAUAAAAGGCUCCUCUAAACAUAGUAAAUAUUCAUCUACUGACAAACUGAGCAGCAACGCCAGUGUAGGAAAAAAGAGCCUGAGUUCAUUGGAUAGAUCUAAAAGUACACUGAAGAGUAAAGGAACAGAAAAUUCUCAGUCUAAGAAGUCAAUCAAAGAUGAAAAAAUAAUAAAGGAUUCAGCCUUACUACUUAACCCUGGAAAUACUAAACCAAGCCCACAGCAGAAAAAAAGUCAAAACAAAAUAGCAUCAAACAAUGGACACAAUAUUAACACUCCAACCGGAAGGCCUCAGAUGAAGAAGAACAUGUCAGACAUUUUACAAGCAAAAAUGCCACUUUCACCCAGUCAAAAGACAAUCAGCAGGCCAAAAUCUAUGACUGAAUGUGGACUUUCAUUACCCAAACCACCACAGGAACUGAGUGAGACUGGGUCUUUACCUUCUCUGAAUCCUUCUCCUUCAGAAAUUCACCAGUAUGUUGAGAACUGGUUGGAAAAUGCCAACCCAGACUCUGUGCCAUAUGCAGACGAGGUGAUUACAGAUGGAACAGAAACUCAGGCAAAGGUUGUAUUUAAGAUAGGUGAUGACUCCGAAUCAGAUGAAAUAAAUCAAUGCCAAACUACCUUAAGCAAUGCCAUGAAGAAAUCCUCCUCUUGUUUAUCAGUUCCUCUUUACCAUGAGGGGUUGGCAUCAGGUGCACAGCAGGGUGAACAGUUAGCCCGAGGCGUUUGUGUUUCAAUGCCAAGUGUCAGGUGUGACCCAGAAAACAAUGAGAAUAAGCUCCGGUUGCACAAAUCUGUUGAAGCCAUUGGUACAAAUGACAGUGAAAUGUCUUCGUCUCACUUGUUGAGCCCAAAGGCAAAGCUAAGGCCAGUCCUUCGCCAGGUUUGUUCAUCAAUUCAAUGCAUCAGAAGAACAUCUGCCAGCAGCACUGGUCCCACUCUUCAAAAUUCAAGCAGCCUUCCUAACUUCUCAACACAAGUUGCCUCAGUGUUCGGCUCAUCGUGUAAAGCCUUCAUCUCAUUCUUGUCGGUGAUGACGCUGAGAGACAAUGUUAAAGGUUCUCAACUUGGGGAAGGUAGCCAAUCUAGAACUCCAUCAGAGGCCAUGCUAAUGAUGGAGUCUCUCCAGAAGAUUUCUGCUAUGGAAGAUGAAGAAGAGCAGAGGGCAAGUCUUACUGACUUGCAAAGCAGAGCGUCUUCUCAGAUAAGAGAGCGCUGGAAGGAUUUCCAGAUUUUGAGGGAGAGACUUGAAAGUGAACCACUUUCCCCCAGAGUUUCAGAGACUGAGUUUGCUCUGGAUGUUGUCUCUGAUGGCGGCGAUGCAUUCGAGGAUCAGCAAAUGGUCCUAGAUGAGCUCAUGGAGGAGCUAAACAUGCCACAAGACCUCAGAGAAGAGAUUGUUUCCACAAUCCAACAAACCAAAAGUUUCUACCCUGCUGAGGAAAGUACUUUUGUUGAGACUGUUAGAAACCAGUCAGAUUCAGAGGAAGAUUUAGAGCGAUUUGUCGGUGAUUGUGAAGAGGAAACAAAAGAUUCACCAGAGCCUAGAAGUACAACUGGGGACUUAACCGAGACCAAUCAUGAACAUGACGAUGAGGUGAAUCCGGACUUAGUCAAAGAAAGUCUGAUAAUGUCAGAAAGAGACAAGGAAUUAAAAAAUGAAAAGCAGGAGACAGAAACUGUCAAUAAUUUAGGAAAUAAUGAAAAUGUAAAUACUGAUGAAGAGGACGAAGGGGAAGAAUUGAAAAAGGAAAGGGAAAUAGGGAUGGAAGUGAAAACAGAGAUGCAGGGAGAUUCAGAGGAAGAGAAGACAAGUGAAGGGGAAUUUGUUCAAAAAUUAGAGGAAGUUGAGGAAGCAAUGACAGAGGAUGAAGAGGUUACACAAAACAGACUAGAGGAGGAGGAAGAAGCAGUGGAGGAAACAGGAAAUGCUGAUACAAUUGAAGAUACAGAUGAGCGGGAGGGGGCAGGAGAGACAGAGGAGGAAGGAAACAAUCAGGAUGUCCAGACGGAAGAGAAUGAGGAACAAGAUGAUGAUGAAGUAGAGAGUAUAAUUAAUGAGGAGGAUGGAGAGGAGGUUAUGACGGAGGGACAGGAAGAUGAGGAGGAGGAGGAGGAAGAGGAGGAGGAGGAGGAAAAGAAAGGAGAGGAACAAGAUGGGGAGGAAAGUAAAGGCUCUCUCCCUGGGGAAACAGAGGAGGAAGUAGAAGAGGAAGAGAAAACUGAGAGAAAAGGGGAAGUAAUUGAGAUGCUUGAACAUGAAAACAUGGAUCCUGAUAUGAUGUCAAAGGCAUCUACUUGUACAGUUGACGACAAGACUGAUGAGGAGGAAAGCGAGCAAAUUGAGGAAGAUGUUGGCGAAAAAGAGGAGGAUGAGAAAGGGCAGUUAACAGAUGAGGUUACAGAAGAAAAAGGAGAAGAGGAAAUGGAAAAUGAGGAAGAAAAAAUCAAACAUCAAAAAGAUGAAGAAACUGAGGAAACAAAUGGAGAAAAGUGUGACGAGGUUGAAGGGGAGGGAAAUAGUCUGGAGAAUACAGAAACUGAUUUGGAGGAAGAAACUCCAGAAGAGGAAGACGUUAUGAAUGAGUCGGACAAUGAGCAAAUUACGGUGGCAGGAAAAACUGUAGUUGAAGAAGAGAGGAAUGUUAGUGAAGAUAGCGAAUCAAAUCAGAAAUUUGAUUCGGCACAAAUGAGGCACCAGGUACAAAAAGAUGAGGCACAAGAAGGAGCUAUUUUGGAUGAAGUGGACAGUUUUUCCGAUGAUCAGGAUUGUGAAACAAUGCCGGAAGAAGCUUCUUGUGUGCAGCACAGUAAUAGCUGUGAAGAAACAAUUGACACUCCAUCUAAAUAUUCCUCUGAAGGCCAGUGUGAGGAUAAAUGUACAGACACCAUUCAUGAGACAGAUGAGGGAGGAGAAGAUGAUAGAAGAAACAGUUUAACUCAUCCAGUGGAAAUUUCUCAGGAGCUUCUUGACUUUGUGAAUGAUGCUCUCCAGUCUUACACACUUAUAUUUACAUACGACAUUCAGGGAAAUAUUAGAAUUGUGCCUGAUAAUGCGAGAGUUGUGCAAACUAAGCAAAGUUUGAUACCAAAACCGAGAAAGGAUAGUUCUUAUGGUCUAAAAUGCCUACCAAGCCCUGUCACGUCUGAUUUAUCAGAUUACAGACCAGAGACGUCGGGCAGUGGAGGGUAUAAAACGCAAGAGUCUGUAGAUAUUAUCUCAGAAAGUGGAGAAGAGCCUUUAGAGAAAGCAAACAGCACUGAGAGAAGGAUGUUAGAAAAAAGGCACUCCAGACUGUCACCUUCAAGUUGCUCAUUAAAAAGUGAAAACAGCCCUCUUUCCAGUGAUGAAGGCACUAAAGCUUCAAGGGAGGAUCUCUCUUAUUUCAGUGCAGCAAGCUCAUUAAAAGCUGAAACCGAAGCUGAAACACAAAAUCCACAAAAUGCACCUUUAAGGUUUGAUAAAGACUCAGCUCAUGGGGUUUUGAUUGAUCGAGGAAGAUGGCUUCUAAAAGAGAACCAUCUCAUAAGGAAAUCCCCCCCAGUCUCUCUAGGAAUGUACGGUAAUCUGGACAGUACAUCCACAGAAACAUGCCCGGAAAACACAAGCGUUGAUUCCCCAUCUUACACUAAAACCCAGCACAGCGCCCUUGCUGCCAUAUCCUCCUCCGAGCUCGAGGAGAUGGCGAAACCUCUGACUCCAAAGUGCACCUACUUCAACAUGCCACAUGGAAGCGACUCUGACCCCUUUUUGGAAGACGUCAGCAUCAGGAGUCAGAAACAUGAUGCAAGCAGCAUAAAAGCAAGAGGCUUCAGGGUUUCGCCCAUUGACACUUCCAAAACUUGGGCUAACAGAAACGGCAGCCUGUCGUCAUUUGCUUCAGUUGAGUUUAAAAUGCCAGAUAGAAAAGUUCACCCUGAGGUUGACUCCUCUGCAGCAAUGCAGCCAAGAAGGACAUCUAUUGGUGAACAGGGUGCACUGCAAGCUCAAGACUCUUUGGACUCACUGCAUUUGAGAUGUGGGCAGUACUGCCCGAUACUAUAG